UGCGGAUCACAGACACUGGGUUGGGCUACCUGUCCACCAUGUCAUCAUUAAGGAGCCUCUAUCUGCGCUGGUGCUGUCAGGUUCAAGACUUUGGUCUCCAACACUUGUUUGGGAUGAGGAGUCUCCGUCUGCUCUCUCUGGCAGGCUGCCCCCUGCUGACCACCACCGGCCUGUCCGGCCUCAUCCAGCUGCAGGAGCUGGAGGAGCUGGAGCUCACCAACUGCCCCGGGGCCACGGCCGAGCUCUUCAAGUACUACUCCCAGCACCUGCCCCGCUGCAUGGUCAUCGAUGCCUGCUGCUGCUUCCAUACGACCCUCCGCCUCCCCAGCACCAUCCGCCUCCUCAGACUCAGCAACCCAUCGCAUCUCCAGACGACUCCAGCAGAACCUCCAGCCACUACCACCAGUGUUUGGACUCAUCAUUUAUGAUAUGAUAUGAUGAUGAUGAUAUGGGUUUUAUUGUCAUUGCAUAGAGUACAGGUACAGAAGCAACGAAAUUGAAAAGAAAGGGGAUGGAAGAUUACAGCAUAACAUGAGGGAAGAGAGGCGAGAAAAAAACAACCCCCCGACUAUGCCCCUAGGGGUACAGUGUGGGAGCAGGAAAAAAACACCUUAGCACAUAAGCACAUACAUCUUAAACAUAAAUUGCAACGAGUAGGAAGGGGGGAGGGGAGGUAAGCCAAAGACUGGGUGAUCUAAGCCCAGCCAUUGGGGGCAGGAGGUGACCAGCACCGACAAGCAGCCAGCCCGGUCCUUCAGCCAUUACAGCGCCGAUCACAGGCCCCGUCCUGUCACACUGGGGGGACGAAGCAGACGAAGGCGUGGGAUGGGGGAGGGGGGUAGUGAAUGCAUUUCAGUGUAUGUUAAGUUCGUGUGAGCGUGGCCUGUUAUGUCGUCCUCCCCCAGGCCACAACAGACAAAGUUCUCAGUCCGCAAGAUGGUCGUUGCCAUGGCGAUAGCCUUGAAGGGUCCUGGGGAGAAAACAACCACAGGUGUCUGUGGAUAGGGGGAAGGGAA